AUGACCGACUUCAACGAGGACCUCGGGAGAUGGUUCGAAGAGUUACAGAAUAUCUCCCCCGAGCACCAUCUGCUAUGCCCCAAGAUCAGUAACGACGACGACGAAAACUACAAAUUACUCAACGAUCCAGACUCGAAAAUCUCGCUCGCCGAAAAGAAAACUCGCAUCAAGGACGGCGAGAGGCGGAUCGAGAUAACCUAUUGGAACAGCCUCAUCUUCGGCUUCGACAGAAAAGAUGCUGGCAAAUGGCUCGACGAAUUCACGAAGCGACUCGAGGAUUGCCUCAAGCUGUGCUCCGAGUGUGUUAUCAACUGGCACAUGCAGCGCAAAGCACAUCUUCAGAAGUUCUCCGAACGAUGGAACGAAGACUCUGUGCUCCACAUAGAGGAGCUGCUAGACAAACUCGACGUUGCUCGAAUCGACUACAACCUGACUUGGGCGAAGCAGUACAUCGAGGAUAUCGAGGCGAGCGGUGCUACCUUCAAAAAGGCUCAGUUUGGCGAGAACCUCCCCAUCGUUCUCAUUGCCGUCUAUGAGGCUCUUUGCUGCGUCGAGUACAUCGCCGCUCCCGAGCAACGCCAUAUCUUCCAAUAUGUCUUCAUGCGGCUGCAGGGCAAGAGCUAUCUCAAGUUGGGAAAUAAGGACCCUCUCCCGGGCAUGACAUUCUUCCUCUUCGACCCAAGGGUCGAGGACCGCUUCAAAUGGGCCCAAGAAAGUUGGAACGGCGGCCUUAUCAAGGGCAUCGACGAGGACAUUGAGCGAUUCUGGGAAGGCUUUGAGGAAGUUCUGCGAACCUUGACCGACGGGCUUAUCCUCAACCGCCUGCGUAGCCUGGAAGUCCGGCCAGGGAGCGCCAACAUUUACGACUUGCUGUUUCGUCACAUUCAGUUUUGCCGCUCCGAGGGAGUGUUGGUGGCAUUCUGGGAUGUGAUCGGCGAUGCUAGGCCCAAUGUCAUCGCCGACUUGCUCUUUGGCAGCCCCGUCUACAAGGUUCUGCUCAGGCAGUCGCUGGAGGAUUGCUGGAGUGGCUUCGACUCGAGUUCGCAGGAGGUCGUGCCGUUCCCAACGUCUUGGAUCCAUCCGUGGCUUCAGUCGUUGGGCCGUGAUCGCAGAUACGACGCUUGCGAGGUGCUGAUGCAUACCCUCUUUGAGUCUCUUGCCAAGAAUGCGACGAUUGGUGAACCCGGGCAAGCCGCCUGCAUUCGCGCUGGGUUCGAUGCUUUGAGCUUCACUCUGAAAUCCUUCCUGGACCCGAACACGCAGAUCGCUUCUGGUACGACACACCUCUACGCCAGCGCAGCCUUUAACCUCGUCGUCAAGUACAGGGAUGUCAUACUGCAAAACCUCAGGACCCCAAGUGGAAGUAAUGAGGGUUGGACAACCUUCAAGAUUGCAAAUGCGGCCAGAGCUCUUCUCUUCACCGCCAUGAGAUUGGACACGAAACUCUUCUCCGAGGAGUUUUCCGCCAUUCAUAACAGCAAGCAGCUUCAGUCAACCAUUACGAGAAACUCCAAGGCGUACUGGGAGUGCGUUGUCGACAUGUUCGAUGCAUCAUCUGACCAAAUCAGGCCCCGAAAGAGCAACAAGGCCAACAGUCUGGAUGAGUCGAGCCAGACGUUCAACAAGGCAUUUCACGACGUAACAGACGUGCUUGUCAGGAUUCUCAGUCGCGUUUCUGAGCUGGACACCGCUGAAUUGAACAUGCUUUUUGCCGAUCGGCUGCCCUUCCAAGCCAUCGUCGGACUUACAGUCCACGGCGAGUCAGAUCUAGCAGAAGCCUCGGCAGAGGUACUCAAAAGCUGGACCAGCGAGCUCUCGCGCGAUUCGGCACUGGAGCACAUGGCUCGCUUUCACCCUGAACAGACACUCUCCUCCAUCAUCUGGACUUUGGAACGCAUCAUGCGACCACCGUUCCCGUGGGGCCCCAUCAGGCCGCUACUCAACACGAGCCGGUCCGUCCUCCAGGGCCUUGUCGACACCACCGCUGGUGUCCUACGAACCAGGACUAUAGACUCAAAGCUGGCCGCGACCAUUCUACGCUGGUGGAUUGAGCAGUGGCGGUUUGUCUCCAAGUCCUGUCUGAAUAUUGAGAACUGGUCGCAGUAUAUUCAGAAUGCCGUCAUGACCAAUUUUUGCCGAGAAAUCAUGGAGCUUGCGGAGGCACUCAUCGCCGAAGACGGGCUUCUCACGACAACAAUUGCUCCCGGAAGAUCGGAAAAGGAUGCAAUGGCGAUGAUCCUCGGUCCCGCAAAGGAGAACUUCCGCGGCAUGGAGAAUAUGAUUCGCCUCAAGGACCGGUGGCUCGUAGACGUUACAGUUCGAGUGCUCUGCAAGAUCUUGACGCGGCUUAGAGAGAACAGCCUCGAGAUCAACGCUGGGUCACGUAAGCUAAUCACUGAUGCUUGUGUGCCGACGGGCACGCAGGGCAAAUAUCUGAGAUCAACGAACCUGAAUGACCAUCAACGUGCCGAGCUGCUUCAGGCUCUGGGCCAUGACGAGGAGGUUCAGAUUAUUCAGUUGGAUGUGCUGCCACGAGGCACAGAUCGCUUUUCGGAGGCCGGCAAGGACAGGAUCAAAAAGCAGAGCAAACUGGAUGCCUGGUCCAAGUCGGCACCAGGGACGACGACCACUACCGUCCAGCCACGCAGGUCGAACCGAGACGACGUUCUCGAACUGAGCAAGUCUGCCGACAGCCCCCUCCUGAAGCAAAUCGGGGAGCGCCAAGCCCGGGCCAGAGCUGUGGCCAAGGUGCCUGACGCAAAAUCCAUAUCAGCCUUGAAGGAGAGUAGACAGAGAGAAAAGGCGGAAAAGGCCAAACGAGAUGCCGAGACUAUCGCGAGAGCCCGGCAGCUUCGGGGAGAGACGGUACCAGGCGAGGGCUCUGGCAUUCACGGCCUCAGCCUCACAGGCAAAGACCACUCUCAUGGGCGAAGCGAGAUCAUGGUCAACAGUUCUGACGAGGAAUCUGAAGGUGAAAGCGAGGAUUCGGACGCCGAUGCUCAGCUCGCUGCCCUUAGUACCGGUGGCCAGAAGACACUGGACGAGCACGAAAGACAGCGACAGCAGGCUUUGCGCGACAGGAUUCGCCGGCCCGUCAAGAAGACGCGGCAGCAGCGGUCUGUUAAAGAGAUGAGGGCCCGCCUGAUUCCUCCCAUGGAUAGGCUCCACAACACGAUCCUCGCAUGGGACAUUUUCCACAAAGGAAGCGAUCCGCCCAGCGGCCCGGCUGCCAGCGAGGUUGCGACCAAGUAUCCAGACCCGAGGUCCUACCAGGAGACCUUUUUCCCCCUCCUUGCCUCGGAGGCUUGGCCCAGCCGCGCAAGCGUAGACAGCUACCUAGAGGCCACGUUCACCAUGCCGACCAUUCAAAACCGGGAACGGGGGGUCUCGGAGGGUGAUAUUCUUCUGGUGUCCGAGGCCGAGAAUCCUCUGGCCAACCCAUCGGCCAGGCAUUGUCUUGCUCGGGUCCAUCGUAUCACGUACAAGAAGGACGUGAUUGAGAUCACAUAUCGCGUAGCCUCGCGUAGCAACUCGCUGUCGACUGUGCUCACGCCUGGCGUCAGCGUCCAUGGGAUCAAAAUCACCAACAUGACGACGAUUGAACGAGAAUAUGCUGCGUUGGAGAGCCUGCAGUACUACGAUCUCAUGGACGAGAUCCUGAAGGCCGAGCCGUCGCCCAUUCUUCGAUAUGGAGACGAGAAAAUUGCCAAGGCCAUGCAGAAUUGGGCCCUCAACCGGGGCCAGGCCCUGGCCGUCCUGGGUGCCCACGACAACGAUGGCUUCACUUUGAUCCAAGGGCCUCCUGGAACUGGCAAGACGAAGACGAUUGUGGCUAUGGUUGGCUCGCUGCUCUCGGAACAGCUGGCUCAAGCCUCGGCCGGGGUGCCGGCCAGGCCCAAGAAACUUCUCGUCUGCGCACCCAGCAAUGCCGCAGUCGACGAGCUUGUGCUGCGAUUGAAAGCCGGCGUCCAAACGACCAGUGGAAAGACGAGGAGCAUCAAGGUCCUGCGUCUAGGGAGGACCGACGUGAUCAACGUCGCUGUCAAGGAUGUUACGCUUGAUGAACAGCUCCACGAAGACGCUGCUAAGAUCAAGGAAGAACUGGCGCUGCUCCGACCCCGGCUAGAGGAGGCGCGAGGCCAUGAAGACCGAGCCGAAUACAAUAAUCUGUCCAGGCAUUUCGAGGACCUGAAACGUCGGCAGAUGCAUAUCGGGAAGCAGAUUGACGCCAACAAGGACAGCGGCAACUCGAUUGCGCGAGAGAUGGAGAUGCGUCGACGACAAGUGCAACAGGAGAUCCUCAACUCUGCGCAUGUGCUCUGCGCGACUUUGAGUGGCAGCGGACACGAAAUGUUCCGCAACCUGGACGUAGAGUUUGAGACGGUCAUCAUCGACGAGGCCGCGCAAUGCGUGGAGCUCAGCGCGCUGAUCCCCCUCAAGUACGGAUGCUGCAAGUGCAUCCUGGUUGGUGAUCCGAAGCAGCUCCCGCCGACGGUGCUCUCUCAGUCCGCGGCGCGCUUCGGCUACGACCAGAGCUUGUUCGUGCGUAUGCAGCAAAACCACCCCAAGAGCGUCCAUCUCCUCAACACACAGUACCGCAUGCACCCGGAGAUUAGCAUGUUCCCGAGCAAAGAAUUUUACGAAGGACAGCUCCAGGACGGUCAGGGCAUGGUGCAGCUGCGCCGGCAGCCGUGGCACAGCAGUGCCCUGCUCGGACCAUACCGCUUCUUUGACGUGGAGGGUGUCCAGGAGAGAGGUCACAGGGGCCAGUCGCUCGUCAACACCAGGGAGCUCGAGGUUGCCAUGCAGAUGUACGAUACAUUCAGCAAGAAGUACCGAGACUGCGACCUGGCUGGCAAGAUAGGCAUCAUCACGCCCUACAAGGCCCAACUCUUUGAGCUGCGGCGGCGAUUCAAAUCACGGUACGGCGAGGACAUUGCCGACAUUAUCGAGUUCAACACGACAGAUGCCUUCCAGGGCCGAGAGUGCGAGAUCAUCAUCUUCUCGUGCGUCCGGGCCAGCUCGACGGGCGGCAUAGGCUUCAUGACGGAUAUCCGGCGAAUGAACGUCGGACUGACCCGAGCCAAGUCUUCGCUCUGGAUCCUGGGAGAUUCGCGAGCCCUGGUCCAGGGUGAAUUUUGGCGCAAGCUGAUUGAGGACGCGCGAGCGCGAGAUCGCUAUACCAAGGGUGACAUUAUUUCCAUGUUCCGCCGACCGCUCGAGCAGGCCAAGCCGGAAAGGCUCGCGCCGGCCAAGAAAGCCGACAUCAGCCCGAGGCAGCCCAGCUUUGACGCUACAAUGUCCAAGAGCGGGGCGAUGGCCGGUGCCGGACCGCCCGUCAUCCACACUUGGACGAAUUCGUCAGAGUCGAAGAAACGAGGGUUGGAGAACCCGGCUUCUGGACAGCCCGGGUCCAAGAGGUUUGGCCAGAGACCCCGACAGCCUGCCGCGGCGCCCAAGGAUCCAUCGGCCAUGUCGGUGCUUGGGAUGACGCCUCCGGAGCGGCCUCCAGCUCCUGCUCCGACGCCUCGGCCGUCUGCCGGAUCGACGUCGUUAUCCUCUCUGUCACCAAGUGGCACAGCGUCUGGCAACAAGGCUCCGCGAAAGAAGCCUAAGCCGAGUCUUUUCAUGCCGAAGAAGCGCUGA